GACCAGGUUGUUCAUCAAUAGCAUAUGGAGCAUCGGAGGAAAUUGGGCCAUUCAGAAUCAACAAAACUGCUUCUUCUCUUUAUCUAAACAAAUACUCAUGGAACAAAGAUGCAAAUCUGCUGUUUCUGGAAUCACCUGCCGGAGUUGGAUUCUCUUACACCAAUACCACCUCCGACCUCGAAGAUUCCGGUGACAACCGAACAGCUCAAGAUGCUCUUGUUUUCCUUAUCCGAUGGAUGUCUAGAUUCCCGCAAUACAAAUACAGAGAAUUCUUCAUUUCUGGGGAGAGUUAUGCAGGACACUACGUUCCACAACUGGCAAAGAAGAUUAUCGACUACAACAAAGCACACUCUCACUCCUUCAUCAACCUCAAAGGCUUCAUUGUGGGAAAUGCAGUAACGGAUAUGAACCUCGACGCCCUUGGAACGGUGACGUAUUGGUGGAGCCAUGCCAUGAUAUCAGACACAACCUACAACUCCAUCCUUAAGCACUGCAACUUCACCUCCGACAAGACUUCCGAGCAAUGCGACCAUGUUGUUAGCUACGCCAUGAACCACGAGUUCGGCAAUGUUGAUCAGUACAGUAUCUACACUCCCAGAUGCCCCUCCGUCAUUCCCAACAACACGGUGGCAACAACCUCAACCUUCAGAUUCAAAAGCUCUCUUCUCCGGCGGAGGGUGUCAGGGUAUGAUCCAUGUACUGAGAAUUAUGCAGAGAAGUAUUAUAAUCUUAAGGAGGUUCAGUUGGCAAUGCAUGCCAAUGUUACUGGAAUUCCCUACAAAUGGACUGCUUGCAGUGAUAUUCUGCUCAAAAACUGGAAGGAUACCCAAGAAUCCAUGUUGCCCACGUACAAGGAGCUGAUUGCAACUGGUCUCAGGAUAUGGGUCUUUAGUGGGGAUACCGAUUCAGUGGUUCCAGUGACAGCCACCAGAUUCGCCCUCAGCCAUCUUAACCUCUCCAUCAAAACUCGCUGGUAUCCAUGGUACUCCAGAGGACAGGUGGGUGGAUGGACAGAGGUUUAUGAUGGGCUAACCUUUGCCACAGUGAGAGGAGCUGGCCAUGAGGUUCCACUGAUCCAGCCACAGAGAGCUGUGACACUUUUCAGAUCGUUUCUAUCAGGAAAACAUCUUCCAAGAUCUUGAUUUAUCUGCAGAGAAACAGAGCAAUGAACACAGAACAAGUAAUUGGUCAUUUGUCUCGUUUCCAGAUAUUGGUCAUUAUUUCGCAACAAUUCCAGUACAGCAAUGCUGGGGUGUAGGGAACUAGAAUUGUAUUCAUUCUAAAUUAUAUUGGCUACGCCAUGUCAAUGUCAUUACCCAUUUCAAGUCCGCAGAUGAAAAGGUUGAACUAAGAUUACUAACAUUUGCCAAUGAUUAUCUUCUGCAAAGUAGAAGUUUAAAGCUCUUUCUUUCCAAGAAAUAAAAUGUCCAUACAUUGCCAAAUAUCUUAAUAUGUUCCCCCUUCAGCGAA